CCAAUUCGUUUUCUCUCUGCGACCACAACAAAAUAUUGUUAUUACUAUUCAGUAUUCAAGUAUUCAUCAUCAUCAGUAGGAUUAAAUUGUUACUCAACACUUGAUAAUUUCAUAAUUUUAAUGCGUAAAUCCAUUGUUUUAUAUUGUAUGUGAUUUUCUUUGUGGACUUAUAGUUUCUAAGUAGUGUAGUGAAAUAUUGUACAUUUUCUUCUUGCAUUCCAUAAAAAUUGAUAAGGUAUGGAUAGGUUAUGCUGUAUUGAUAUGGGUCGUUUGACCGUGAGCUGUAAUGAAGGUUUAACCAGAGACGAGAUACAAGACAUUAUUUAUUAUAAAUACAAUAUCAUUCCAAACGAGUACUUCCUUGUACAUAAUGGAACAAAACUUGAUAGUGAAUCUCCUGUUAUGGGUUUGGUGCACAUAUUUCCUCGAAUACUUGGUGGGAAAGGAGGUUUUGGGUCUAUGCUUCGGGCAAUUGGAGCCCAAAUUGAAAAAACAACUAAUAGGGAGGCUUGUCGUGAUUUGAGUGGUAGAAGAUUACGAGAUAUAAAUGAGGAACAAAGAUUGAAGAGCUGGAUUGCACAACAAGCCGACAGGGAGAAAGAAGCUGCUGAACGUAAGAAGAAAAAAUUGGAGAGCUUGUGUCGAGAACCUAAACAUGAAUUUAAAGAUGACAAUUACGAGCAACAGAGAACAGAACUAACAGAGAAUGUUCAUAACUCCGUUGAAGAAGGAUUCAAAAAAGUUGAAUCACUAAAACGACCGUCAUCCAGCAAAGUUAAGAGCGUUCCUCGUAAAAAGAAAUUGUUGAUUGAUGAAGAUUUGAGUUCUUCAGGCGACGAAGAUGAUGCAGAUACCUUGCCAUCAUCUUCUUCAACAACAGUGAGCUUACAAACUAAACUUCAUGGAAAUGGGAGUACUUCAUCAUCCAAUUAAAAUGAUUAGGUGAUUCUUGAUAGAAUAUGAGAACUUUGUCAACAUUUCUGGAGGAAAACAUUCAUCUUCGUGAACAGGAUCCUAAUGUGUGAGCCACGCAAAGUGUUUCGGACAAUCUUGGAAGGGUAACUUACUAUGGCAAGAUAUUUUAUUAAAUAUCCAUUUUAUUUAUGUAUUGAAUCAUAAUAAUAUAUUGAAUUAAUUAAAAAAAAAUCACUCAAAA